UAGUGAAGAUGCUUGCCCUGGUGGUAGCUCUGUUCGCCAUCUUGUGGCUCCCCUACAGGGGGCUGUUAGUCUACAAUUCGCUGGCAAGCAUGUUUGGUGGUGCACUCUACAUGCAGCCCUGGUUCCUCAUGUUCGCCAAAACUUGCAUUUUCAUUAACAGCGCCAUCAACCCGAUACUGUACAACGCCAUGUCGACGAAAUUCCGCAACGAAUUUCGCAAGCUGCUGGUCUGCGGUGGUUCGGAGGACACCCGACACAAUUUGGGGGGAUCAUCCCGAUACCAGACGGCGUCAAAUUUAUCCAGGAUACACACCAAGGUCACCGACCUCGAGUUAUGAUAGGAUACAGUAUCAAAUGUAUUGUGUCAAAGUAUUAUUUGUAUCUGAAGUAACACUAAUAUAGAGUUUACAGUAGAA